AAGAAGAGGCUUUGGCCUGUUCAAAUUGCCAUUUUAUUUUGUUCCUGGACAUUUGUUGCAAACAUGACCCAAGAGAUUGAAAAUGAAUUUAUUGCUGGAGUUGUGGAAGGGUUUUAUGGACGACCUUGGACAAAGGAACAGAGAUUUGACCUUUUUAAAAGGCUAAAGGAGUAUGGAUUAAAUACUUACAUGUAUGCACCCAAAGAUGAUGCUAAACACAGAAAAUGCUGGAGAGAGCUUUACUUAGAACAAGAGCAGGAGAACUUGAAAAGUCUUAUCAUUGAAGCUGCAAAUAAAGGCAUCACAUUUGUAUAUGCUUUGUCACCUGGAUUGGAUAUGAUAUUUUCUUGUCCAAAAGAUGUAGAAUCUCUGAAGAAAAAAUUAAAACAGGUAUCUGAUCUUGGUUGCAAGGCCUUUGCAUUGCUGUUUGAUGACAUAGAGCCAGAACUCAGUCUUCCAGACAGGCAAGACUUUGACACAUUUGCAGAUGCCCAGGUGGCAAUAGCAAACCAGAUUUAUGACCACCUUGGAACCCCAAAUACAUUCCUGUUCUGUCCAACAGAAUAUUGUUGUACAAGAGCAAAACCUUCUGUUAAAAAGUCAGAGUAUCUGAAGAUCCUUGGAAAAAAGCUGAACAAAAAUAUUGACAUCCUUUGGACAGGGCCAAAGGUUGUGUCUCAUGUGAUCUCAGUGUCUUCAAUUGAGGAAGUAGCUGGGGUUCUGAAAAGGAAGCCUGUUAUCUGGGACAACAGCCAUUCAAAUGAUUAUGACCAGAGGAGGUUAUUCUUAGGCCCUUAUGAUGGAAGAGCAAAAGAACUUUACCAGCACGUGAAUGGCAUACUAAGUAACCCUAACUGCGAAUAUGAAUGUAAUUUUAUUGCAUUUCAUACUAUUAAAACCUGGGUCAGUUGUUGUAAGGCUUUUACUCUGGCUGGGAAGGAUAAUUCAAACAGCUCCGAAGAAGGAAAUGAAAACCUUUAUGAACAAGAAAGAAACGAAGAAAUUAUGAAAACAGGUGAUCAGGCGACGGCAAAGACUGGUGAAGAAGUGGAGGAUAUGGAUUGUACAAGUAUCACGAAGCAUGAAAGCGAUUCACUAAAAGAGGUUGGUUAUGAUAAUUCAGAUGACACGGUGGAGGCAUCAGAAUCUGUAAAUCAGUUGCUGGGUUAUAAUGUGAAAGAUGCACUAUCUAGGGCAGUGGCUGACUGGGUUCAGGAAUUUAAAAAGGCAAAAGAGCUAAAAAGUAAAAACAUGGUCUUAUCUACGUCUCCAUCAAAACUAGCAGUCACUGGUGACGUAAAUUCUUUAUCAGAUUCGGCUGAGAAGGAAAAAGAGCAAGACGCUGGACUAGGCCACCAAGCAACUGCCGUUUUUAGCAGACAAGAGGACGAGCUUUGUGACGUGGAGGAAGAAUGCUGUCCCCAUCACGUUUCAGGGAAGCGAAUUAAACUUAAUGUAAAAGAGGAGAAGAAGUCAGAUGUAACAAAACAUGACUUAGAGCUGUUGAUUGAUUUAUUCUUUCUGCCAUAUGAACAUGGUAAACAAGCAAAACAUCUUAUUGCUGAGUUUAAAUGGCUUCAAGCAAACGCACUUCCAAUCGAUACUUUGGACAAGAAGUCGAAGCUGGUUGAAGAUUGGGAGACGCGAGCUGCCAGUUACCACAAGCAUUGCCAAGCAGUGUCAGACAUGUUUUCACGCAUUUUGAAUGCACCUAAUAAGCUUCUUGUGCAAGAGCUCUAUCCUUACAUCUGGGACGUUAAAGAGGUUGCCAUGCUGUUGAGUGCUUUUAUAAAAUGGCUAGGAUCAAAAACUCGCAAAUGCAAAUCCGGAUCAAACUUAAUACCUGAAGACCCCGAACCCUGGAUGUUUAGAGGCGGCAUUGCGGAGGAGCUAGAACGCCUUCUUCCUGUUGACAUGAAACCUGAUCUUGCACCUGUACGACAUUCUCUUGUACCAUCACCCGAGGUGUACACAAUAAGACCGUAUCUGGACAGUGACAAGAACGAUGUGUAUAACGUUUGUCGACAGGCCUACGCGAUCGAAUUCGGGGACGAAAACGCGUUGGCAAAUCAACCUGACUUAGCAGGUGAUAGAUUCAUUGGUGCGUACUUACAACAUGCAAAAGGAACAUUCUUCGUUCUUGAAGAUGAGAAUGGACUGUGUGGGUAUUGCGGGGCAGCAUUAGACUGUAAAGAUUUCAACGAUAAGUCCCUUCAGUGGUUUGCAGAGGUUUCAAAAGAGUACCAACAACCUGAAUCCGGGUCUGGUUUUCAAAACCCUGAACAACGCCUCAUUGAAUUCCUACACAAUCCCUCACUCGUCUAUCCGAACGGUCUCUCCAAUUACCCGGCCUCGCUUGUUAUUGCUUUGUUACCGCGUGCCCAAGGCACCAGCAUUGGUAAGCGAAUUCUCACAUGCCUCGUUUCCGUUCUCAAAGCUCAUGACGUCAUCGGAGUACAUACAAUAGUACGCCCAAGCAGCGACCGUUGCCUAGCCCUUCUUGGUGCCGUCGGCUUUAGUAAAUUUGUUAUAAACGAAGAAAACACUGAUGGAGAAGUGAUACUAGUUAGAAACUUAAAAUCCAAGUAACAAGCCGCAAGGUAAUUGAAUUUAAAAGAUUUAAACUCUUUUUGUUGCUCGAGGAGAUCGCUGCGUCAGCCAUCUUUUGUUCAUUUCUUGGCCUUGUCUAAAGUAUUGUGAUUUAGAUCGCGACUUCUUAUUGAAAGAGAGUGAAAACG